UGGAAGAUCAAGAACUAACAUUUGUGCAAACAACAUGAUCCUCGAGGUUCAGCAGUAAAAAUGAUAGGAGCUAAUCUGAGAUUCGGCAUCGGUGCUUUCGGGAAUGUCACGGCCAACGCUACUAAGGUGUUCCAGUGUCAUCCCGAUAGUGCAACCGAGGCUACUGUGAUAUUUAGCCUUGCUGGAUUGGGAAUAGGGGCGAAUAUUAUCCUCAUGAUAUUAAUACUGAUGAAACCACAUCUGCGCAGGUGGUCUGAGGGGCUAUUAUUUCACCAAGCUAUGAUAGAUUGUACGAGAUCCGCUAUACUAAUACCUCUAGGCUCCAGUUUAUUAAAUUGUCAACCCGUUAAAACAUGUUCCCUGCUAGAAACCGCCUUUUUGUUGCUAGUGACUGUUUCUAUAGUCAGUAUAUUAACCAUUGUGCUCAACAACACCCCGGUAUUCCCAUGGAACGAUGUGGAAAUAGAUAUAACCAGUUCAGGACUAGUAGAGUCACGUCAGUGCGUAUUCUUUGGCAUAGCUAUGAUUUGGUUUGCGAGUGUAACAAUCAAUCUGGGACCCAUGUUUAUUAGUGGAUCUUUAGCAGCAAAUACGGAACAUAGUCAUAACGCUCCUAGUUGUCCAUUAAUCCAUGGACCUUUUCGCCAUUAUGUACUUAAUGCUCUUUGGAUUUCGAUAAACAUUAUUUGCUUAGGACUAACGUUUUUUCACUUGCGAAAAUUGUACAAAGAUUUCACAACAGCUGAUGUCGAAGCGAUACGAUCUAGUCUUGUUAGAACGCUGCGUAAUGUGACAGAAGGACAUGCGCUUACUGAAGACAGUGACGCAAGGAACGGUACGAUACCACAAAGAAUGAGUACUAUCGAGGAUGAGUAUCAAAAUGUAAGGAGUUAUCUCAAGGAAGUUGAACGCGAGGGUGUGCACAAGGUGAAAAUGUUCGCAAUCAUAACAAUAACAUAUGUCUUAUUCUGGGGACCACUUUUUUUCAUUACCCUGGCGCAUCAUCCUGAAAAUUCUGCGGGAUAUGAGGUGACUCUAUAUAUAGCGUUUAUACACGCUUCUGUGAACCCGCUUCUGUUCCUGCUCUUGCACCAAGGACUGCGACAUGGGCUAUCGGGCAUGUGUAGCGAUUGUUGCGAACGCAUAGCUCGGUGGAUCCUUGGAUCCACUGCGACCGAUUCGGUACAGAAUGUGGAUAUACCUCUGUACGAACCACCGAUGGAUCUUCCCUCACCGCCAGAUCCACCCAAGGCAACUUCGACUACAUCAUUGGACCACUCCUGUGUCGUACCACCAGACGCUUGGAGUCCGAUUUCAAGAAGACCAAGCCUCCUGCUACCACUACCGGCGGAAUUAAACGAUUGUCAAAUAAGUCCGACGAACAGCGAAUAA